UAAAAAACAAUCAUUUUUUCUGACCAAAAUCAUUCCUUUUUUUCCGUUAUAAAAUCCACUUCUUUCAUUUCACUUCUCCCAACUCACUCCAAGUCAUAACUAGAAUUUAUAUAUUUCCACUUAGACAAUAAAAAUAACAACAACAAUAAUAAUGAGGCACUUCUCUUUGUAUUUGUGCAUGCUAUAUGCAUUUAUCAUUACAUGUCAAGGUGUCUUACAAACCUCCCUUAGAAGCAAAGGAGCAACACCCAUGACAAUGCAAUUUGAAGCCAUCUACCAAUUUGGCGACUCGCUUUCCGAUACCGGUAACUUAAUCCGGGAGUCUACCGGUGCAAAGACCGCUUUCGCGAGGCUUCCUUAUGGACAAACUUACUUCCACCACCCUACCGGCCGUUGUUCCGAUGGUCUUCUUAUGGUGGAUUACUUUGCUAUGUACUUUAACCUACCACUGCUGAACCCAUAUCUUGCCAAAGGAAGUGACUUCACCUACGGAGCCAAUUUCGCCGUGGCUGGCGCUACUGCUCUCGACGUAGCCGCUUUGGCUGCUCGAAAUGUAUCACUACCUCUUACACAAAGCAACUUGGAUAUGCAACUACGUUGGUUUAGAUCCCUCCUCUACUCUACUCUCUCCGAUCCAAUAGAAAUCAGAGAAAAACUCCAAAAAUCAUUGGUAUUAAUGGGAGAAAUUGGAGGCAAUGACUACAAUUUCGCUUUCUUCCAAGGCAGAACUUUGGAAGAAGUAUACCAGUUGGUCCCUCACGUUGUACAAACCAUUAAAGAUGCAGUUAAGGAAGUGAUUCGGCUUGGGGCUACUAAUAUUGUGGUGCCCGGGAAUUUCCCCAUUGGUUGUGUGCCUCUUUAUCUUGUUAAAUUUGCUACCAGUGAUGCAUCGAAGUAUGAUGAACUUGAAUGCCUUAAAGACUACAACGACUUUUCAAAGUAUCACAAUAAUCUUUUAAUAGAAGCCAUCCAAGAGGUGCAACACGAACACCCGGGUGUUGCCAUUGCAUAUGGAGACUACUACUCUGCCUUGACAUGGGUCAUUAGUCAUGCUCCUCGAUUAGGAUUCGAGCGAAAUGGAUCGAAAAAGGCUUGUUGUGCAAUUGGUCGCAAUCCAUACAAUUAUGACCUAAAAAGAAGUUGCGGAAGCCCUGGAGUUCCAGUUUGUCAAGAUCCUAGUAAAACAGUAAAUUGGGAUGGAAUUCAUAUGACUCAAGAGGGAAACAAAAAUGUAGCCAGAUGGUUAUUGAGAAAUUUUGUACCUACACUUCAAAAACGUCUUCAUCCUUAAUCGAAAAGGCAAUAAAUUAUUACACUUUUUGAUUAUGAUUUA